AUGGCGCAGCUAUCUGGAACACGCCAUGCUCUGACAGGCAGUACUUCGACAAGUCCUCUCCUCGCCCCCGAUGUCGUCCUCAGACUGGAUAGCGACCUCAACAGUAACCCGUUUGGUCUCGUAGCAAAUAUGGCGAAUCGCGAGCAUCUAGAUGGGGUUGGGACAUUGCUUUGGAACGACUGCAUUUAUCUGAUGCCCUUGCGUUAUCACAAUCCGGAAGAUGUCCUAGUGCUCGGCAAAGUGAGGGCUAUCGCGUUCGCCAUCUUGAAUAUGGCUGUCACGCCUGAUCUCUUAGGGAACCUCAGGGCUCUCGAUCUGGCCCUCAAGGCAGCGCGUAUUUGCAUCGUGAACGAGCAACGCGAAAUUGCGCUGAAUAUCAUGUCUGCAGCCGCUCUAAGGCUAACGAAUGUUCAGCCUGUUCAUCUUGGCCUUGAUCCUGCAAUCAACCGCAAUAUCACCAUCCGAUACUUCUUGCUUCGCAUUCGACUGGCCUGGUUGCAGGAUCAAGUCGAUGUCGCCGAGCAUUUCUUCACAAAACUCCCGAUGCCGGCCGUGUCAAAUGAUGAUGAGUUGAUUUUCGAAACUUGUUUUAUCAUUGGUGACUCCGCACUCGCACGGCGCCUGCCAGAAAUCGCAAUCAGAUGGUUGCAGAGAGCAAGCGAUCACUUCCAGUCCUUCUCCAUUAUGAGUCAGUUGAAGCUUCCAGAUUACAAUAAUUGGAGCUUGGUCAUUCGACACUCUCUUGCCGUGGCUUCUGCACAGACUAGAAUCCCCCAGGCAGCCGUCACCUACGAGUUUGAAGUGAGACAGUUGAGAGAAUUUUACCCAAAGCACCCUGCUGUGGUCCUUUUCGGUCUCUCUGUGGGACAUAACAAUCCUAGUAACGACGAAUUACUACAAGGCCUGAAGGGUCUGGUUGAUCAGUUACCUCUCACAGAUAUGAACAUGCCGAUAAUUUUUCACUUUGCCCGAUCUCUGGGCCAUUCAGGUGGUUUGGAUAACGGAAUGGAGGCAUUUCGAAUUUUGCUCAUGCGCCCUCUCCCAAGAGAAUGGACAGAGAAAUGCUUUGCUGCUUUUCUUCUACUUCUGAGCAGAUCGGAGUACUCUGAUUCCAAGCGCAUUCGCAACCUCAGAGGUGUAAUUGACGCACUAGAGAAACGUGGAUAUCCAUCAAUUAGCGCCAAGGCAGCUCAUGCCACCGUGAUUUGCAUCUGGAAAAUGAUUGGUGAAGCCCUUCUCAAGAAGGACUACUGGACUGCACAGCUAUGGCUUCAGAUGUGUACUGAUCCGAAGAUUUUCCAACACUGCUCCAUCGAAAUUCAGAUUGCGAUACAAAAGAAGCUGGUAGCAUGUUACCUACAGACUGGGGAUACCGCCGCUGCUCGUCUGUUAAUCGACCGGGGUCUAUUCCAAAGUCAAGUGGAUUGCGAGAGGAUGUACUUGUCUUAUAAGUUGUGCUUGCUGGAAGGGAAAGACGGCUCUGGACAUUUUCAUCUCGGCUUUCCUUUGCAUCCAGUGCCGCACAAGCAAACUAGUCUCCUAUCAUGCGCAAUGGAAGCCCAGAGACAACACAAAUCAGAAGAAGUACUGAACUGUCUUGAUCAAUUCAUCAAAUUUUUGACUUCAGAUGACAUCUAUCAUGAUGACUUUCCCUCCGCGGAACAUUACAUAUUUGCAAUCACUCUUCUUUCCGAAGAACUCUCAAACGGCUUUACCCAGAGGAUUGGCAGCUGUAUCGAAACUGUACUCCAAAGUGCCUUAUCUUACGCAAAAGAGAACAGCAUGUUUGAAGGUGGUGACCAGGAGGUCUCAGUCACCCAACUGCAAUGGCUGUAUUUUGCAUCUUACAAACUUGCUUUGAAACUUAUCAACUCUUCAGGGUUUCUGUGGGCUACUUCUGUCUUGGAUCACUCUAGAGAUUUUGCGCUUCAGUAUCGUCAAAUUGCAUACCCCAAGAUGGGUUCCAAAGCACCCAGACCGCAUUUAUUUGCAGUUGUUUACCUCCGUCUCCUUGUUAGCUCCCUGAAGGCCCGCUGCGAGGAUGAUCCGACUGAGAAGGCAUUGCAGUACGAGAAUGUACGCGCUUGUUUCCAGGAGCUCAAUGACUUGCGUGGUUGGAAUGAUGGAGAGGAGGAGGCAGAUGACGACGCGAAUUACAAAGAAGAUAAGCACCAUGAGGUUGCCCAAUUCUUUGACCUUGAGGCUGCUAUGCACCUUAAGAAGUGGGACGAUGUGGCCAACAUAUGUGCAUCUGACGACACAUUCCCCGAUCCGAAGUUUUACGCACCUAUCAUGGAUCUAAAUCUCCAAUUGAACCUGCCACCCACACUGGGAAUCCAGGUCACCAAGCGGAUCAUGUUAAAACUUAGCGAGCUACAGGACGACCCCCCAAGCACAUGGCAGCGCGAUUUCCGGAUUUCCCUGCCCCGGUACCUCCAUUGUCUGUUUUCUCUAGCCAUUACACCAGUUCCGCAACCAGAUUAUCUUGAAUUUGUUUGUCUCGAUGUCGAAAUGACCCACCCUGAGGUUGCUGAAGAAGUGCUUGACAAAAUCCUUGGAAUGGCAAACGAAGCAGACAUUACGCAUGAAGGAUUCAAUACACAGCACAAUCUGAACACCAUGCAUACCGGGUCUGAGCUUUGUGAAGUGUUUACCUAUCCAGCUGCGGAGUUGAUCAAGGUUGCUACCGUGGCUUUCAACAAGGCUACUGACUUUUACCGUGCUACACAAGAUGAGGAUUGUCAGCGUUGGGCGAACAAGGCCAUUAGUAUUGCUCAGCUUGUGCCAGGUGCCCAGGGCAAACAACUGGUUGAGAUGCUUCAAACUAGGCUAGGGAGCUUGAUUGGAGUUUGA